AAAGGCAAUUCGAGCCGUAACGCGGUAACAAUCCGUAAACACCGAAGAAACGCCAGCCACACUUCGAGAACGGUAACGGGAUCGACCGACGCGCUUCCUAGCGAAUAUUCCGUGAACUAAUGAUUCUCGAGUACAAGUGCCGUUCAAUCCUGUUUCCGAAACUCGUUAAAUCAGGGUGGUUAAUUAAUUGCCGACAUAAUAAACGUAACGGCAUAAAUUUACCAUUUAGACGAGUGACGCGAUGGUGAGUACGAAAACCGUGCUCGCGUGUUGCAUUUCGACCACGGAUACGAGUAACGGAAACGUUAAUCAAGUGACAGCUGUUACCGAGUCAACUGCACGGGUCGUCCGUCCGUCGAGUGUGUCAACAACGUAACACGUUAUUGGCUCGCUCGACUUCCCGUCACCUAGAUGCACUUCGAGUAUGCAAAAUAUUUUAAUUUAGUAACGCAUUCAACUGUAAAGAAUACGUCGAGGGUAACGACGGGGAGUGACGAAAUUCCUUUGAUAUCUGCGGUUUCGGGGAUGGCGAUUUAUCUCUUCCGGUUUUAUCUUAAAACGUUUCUAACGUCACUCCCCGGGGCACGGAGGGAACUCCGAAGAAAUGUCGGGGGCCUCACCAAAGAAUGGCGUAAUUCGUUAAAUACUUGAACCGUCGCCUAAAUACGAUCACCUCCGUAUUGUAACGUAACGCUACGGCUUAACCAAUAAAAUUUUCCAUCUGUGAUUUGUAGAUGUCACCUUAGCGUUACACUUACACGCCACACUAAAAAGCGUGUUCCCGUUUGGAGUACAGUACAUACCAGAAUUUGUAUAGAGAACCUUUCCUUUCAUUAAAUACACAAGAUUGACUUCGGUAUACGCGUGUUAAUCCUACUUCUGUUGCUUACCUAUGCCCCAAAAAGAACGUCGAGGACAGCACAGUACAGUAUAAUUAAUACCAUGCGAUAGAUUGUGAUGUGUCUGGAGGGCGAUCGAUGUCGACACAAGGUUAACUGUAUAUUAACAAUCGUCGUGUUUGUUACUGUUUACCGUCCUUUCUAAUCACUCGUAAAUUGUUUACAAGCGAUUUCUCGCGGCGUCGGGGUUUGUUUCGAUUAUCCGGUGGCAAGGGGGUGAAGUACGCAUUAAUAGAAUUAAAUUAUAAAAAGACAAUCAAACGAUCGAUAUAAACAAGCAAUUCUUUUAUAUCUCAUUAAGGGAAAGCAAUUAAUUAAAAUUGCCAAACAAAAAAAGGAGAGAGAUUUUUAUUUAAAUUAAAUAGAUUUAAAAAGCCUUAACACGCGAGAAUACCCUUUGUCGUUAAAAACCUGGUUUGGUCGAUUCGGUUUCGAUUUUAAUUCUUUUAAAUCUAUUUUUAAGAAUUAUUUUUAGUACUUUCGUGUUAACUCGAACGCCAUUUCUACUUUCGGGGUAUAGUUUAAUAGUGUUAUUUCCUGCGGGACCGGAUUGGCGCGUAAAAUAAACUACCUGCAGCUUGGGGACCUGGCAUCCUUGCAAGUGUCGUAACGGCCCCUUCUCUUCCAUCAAAUAACGUUAGGCGUCUCUGUGCUCGUAUUGGAAUCCUGAGCUUCACCCUCGCCACAAAUAAGAUACCCCAUUGUUACCAUACCCCUUAUAAUUGUAUCGGACACCCCUAAAACGUUCCUUUAUGACCGAGUGCUGUAUUAUAUUACACCACAGAACGAGCGGAUUUAGGAUGUGCCUCAGGGCGCGGCUGCACCCCUUCUGGAGGGUUUAAGACACCUAACGUCAUCUCAAUCCCGACAUGCAAUUCGAGAAACGUCGAGGUUGGAAUUGCUCUUCUAUAGACGGUGACUGCGAUUUUAUCGCUAUACGAGGGUUUCUAACAGUAAACCUUGCUGUUUGAUGCCUUUCAUUAAAUGGACACAACACCGAAUCGUUACUACUCGUGUCGAAGAUUUCUGAAAUUCUUCGUUGGUCGUCGUCAUAAAUGCACAGAAAUCGAAUUUUUUAAUAUUUUACGAAAACGAGACUACAUUUAGUCGCGGUUGAGUCUUGUCGGUUUCGGCGUACACGAGAAUGAUUCCUCUCUCUUUGCGAUAGUUGCGAGAAGUCGCGAUAUGCUUUGAUAGCGACUGCGAUAAAAUGACGGCGAUUAUCGCAAAUUGCGACGCGCAAAACUACCUUAAAAUAACCCCUUUCUCUUCUCGUUAACGGGGAAUUCGUUUUAAAAACGCGCAAUUUAUGCAAAAUUUUAAUCAAAAAAUUUAAUAACUUCCCUUCUUAACGUUUUUUGUGGCGUAAUUUCCCGACAACGUAUCGAAAUUCGGAAAUCUACUCUCCCUUACGAAAUUAUUAAAGAGAACAGUUGGCGAUUCUCUCACGUUCCUCCCUCCCGAAGAAGGGUCGUUUCAGUGAAAACGAACGAAGAGAACGGAUUAACGAGAACCAGGUGAAACGCGAUCAAUUUUGCACCCCCACGUGCCUCUAAAACAGAAAAACACUGCCCGUUUCUACAUACAAGCGAACGGGGGCAAAGCGCGUGGCACGCCGCCUCUUUCACCAAACCCGCUCUUCCGAGCGCGUGACAAAUAGGAAGUAGAAUGGGUAAAAGUCCGGAACUUCCGGUACGUCGGCGGGGAGUUUGUCAAAAACCCUCGCACCUUCUUCUAACGAGGGGGCAUUUAAAAGGUAGGUUCGUCCAAUGGGAGCGAGAGUUGUCUGUCUACCAAGGUGUUUAAUUAACUUUGGAAGGCGGCGAUUGGUCGAAGGGCGGAAGAGACGAGAAUGCGUCGCCGGGCGCGAAACGGGGGGUGGACGUCGCCGCCUACGUCAACGGAGAUUCGGAGGAAUCGAUUAGGGAAAACGAUUGGAGGAUUCUCCCCUCUCGUCUCCCCGUUCCAGCUUCAACCGGUUUUUGGGGAAGCCUGCCAUUGGUCGAGGACGACAUCCGUAAGGUGUGACGUCAGACGCUGCAGUAGACGGAGGUCGAGAAAGUGCGGCUGUGUCUAGCUCGGGGGCCCUUCACCAGCCAAACGGCGUCCGACCAGCACUUUUGCAAGAAAAGCCAAAGUAGGAACCAUGAAUGGCGUUUUGGCGUUUGUAUUGAUCGGCAUCGUGGCCGCGGGAGCCUAUCAACUGGGCGAGUCCGAAGACGAAGUGGUCUAUCGAGUGACAAGAGGAGCCAGAGGAGGAAAGAACAGAGGCGAGUGCAGGUAUAGAAAAGGACCCUGGGAAGAGUGCAAUCCCACCACCAACAUGCAAGAACGCACUCUUUCGCUGAAGAAGGGAGAAGCCACCUGCGAGAAGUCCAAAGUCAUCCAGAGAAAGUGCAAAAAAAUCUGCAGAUACGAGAACGGAGAGUGGAGCGAGUGCGACCCCCUGGCCAAGACCCGGAGUCGAGUGGACGCGCUGAAAGAGGGUAGCGAUUCCAGUUGCGUGGCGGAGAGGACGGUCACCAAGAAGUGCAAGAAAGCUUGUCGCUACGAGCGCCGCGCCGAGUGGAGCCCCUGCGACCAAGCGACGGGACAAAAGACCAAAGUGGUGCGCCUGCUGGGUGGCCAACCGGCCGAGUGCGAACCCACGAAGACCGUCACCAAGCAGUGUCAAGGUCGAAAGGGACAGUCAAACGACGACUACGACGACGAAGAGUGAGAGGCGCGACGGACCACCCCCUCCGCCGUUUCCAGUUUUUACUUCUGAUUGUGCGUCUUCCAUGUUUUCCCGUCUUGGACACCAAAAAAUAAAUAAAAAAUCGGCCGUUAACGAGUAAAACGAAGAAGUCGUUCGUCUCGUCGUCUGUCCGUAGAAUAACCGUCGAAGCGGAAAGGAUCCACAAAUCGAGAAUCGUCACCUCGGUAGCUAGUCUGAUAGGAGAAAUAGGACAACUGUCGUAACGCAUGUUCGUCACGUGACU